AUGUCCAGGAUCCCAGGAUCCCAGUCAGGAAAGUACCAAGUGACUCUGGGAAACUUGGACCGACUGAAUACAUCUAAUCCCCAGUCCAUCGAGAUUCCAGCGACGGCCAUCAUGCAUCCUCAAUACAACGAUGUAACUGUUGAGAACGACGUCGCCCUUUUGAAACUCGACACUCCAUUGAACUUCACAGAUCAUCCGCACAUCCGUCCCAUAUGUCUCUCCAGUGAUGCCAACCCGAAUCCAGGAACAAAAGUGAAGAUCGCAGGGUGGGGUUCCAUUUUAGGAAGUAAGGUCAAUACGAUGAAGUCGCUAUGGAGCAUUAUGAAUGAUUUAAAUGCUGCUUUAACCCAUGUGACCGCAUUUCAGGUGGCCCUUUAUCGGAUAAUGUACGUGAUCAAUCAAGAGGCUUGUCAGGACAAUUUCCCCAUGUUUAACAUCUCCAAGAACGUCAUCUGUACGCAGUCCGGAGGGAAAAACGUCUGCAAUGGUGAUUCUGGGAGCUCGUUGAUGUACCAAACUCCGGCUGGGUAUUAUCUAAGCGCUGGGAUCACCUCCUUUGGUAGAGAAGCUUGUUCGCCAGAAUACGGCGCCGUAUUCACAAGAACAGCGAGUAUGUGA